AUGUCAGCCAACUGGAACAAUUCGUACACUCAUCUCGACGACCCUAUCGAGAUGUUCUCGCCUGUGUACUCUGGCCUCACUUGUCUUCCUCCCAAUGUUUACGACUCUGGAAACUGCUCAAUGGGCGGAUACCCGUGGUAUGUUAUCAAUGCGACUUCGCCGAAGCACAUACAGGAGGGAGUUAGGUUUGCAAAGGAAACUGGGAUCCGGUUGGUGGUUAAAAACACGGGCCAUGACUUUUCUGGCAAGUCUGGAGGCGGCGAAUCCUUGAGCAUCUGGACGCAUUACUUGAAGGAUGUCGAGUACAUCCCAGAGGUAACAGAUGAGAUCGAGGGAUAUGCUGGGGCUGCAUUCAAAUGUGGUACUGGCGUACAGGCGUUUGAGAUUUACGAAAUAGCUCACAAGCACGGGAAUGUCGUCGUUGGGGGAGAGGGCCAGAACUCUGAUCUCUUCUGGGCUCUUCGAGGGGGCGGUGGCUCUACCUUUGGAGUCGCGACAUCGGUAACUGUCAAAGCAUUUCCGGAUAUGACCACCACAGCAGCGGCGUUCAAAUUCUCCACGGCAGACGGCAUUUCGAAUCUUACGUUUUGGGCGGGCGUGCGGAGUUACUUUGACUACUUUAUCGACAACGCAGAUGCAGGAACAUACUCCUAUUUCCGAGUUCUGGCGAAUAACCCGGGCCCUGGCCAUUUUACGCUUCAAAUGUCACCAUUUCUCGCUCCCAAUAAAACCCUAAAGGAUGUGGAGUCUUUGCUGGGCCCAUGGCUCACAGACCUUGCGGACAUGGGAAUUAAGUUGGCCCCAAAUAUUACUGAGUACGACUCGUUCUACCCAUCGUGGAAGGACUUCUUCCCAUUGGAGGGAGUGGCGAAGGUGAAUAUCCAAAGUGGCUCUCGCCUCUUCCCCCGAAAGAACUUCGAGUCUGAAGAUCUGAAACAAGCCACCUUUGAUGCUAUCCGGAAGUCCGUUGAGACAAAUCAUGUUUUCAUUGGCUUCAAUAUGAAGAUGGUUAGCCCGGACGAUCCUGAUAACGCGGUAAAUCCAGCUUGGCGCGAUAACAUUCUAUUCGCAAUACAGCUGGGAUCGUGGUCUAUCAACGCCACCGCAGAUCAGAUUCUCAAGAUCAGAGAGGAAUUUACUCAUGGCCACAUGCAGCGCUGGAGAGACGUCUCCCCAGGUGCUGGCUCUUACUUGGCGGAGUCAGAUCGCAUGGAGCCAAACUUUCAGCAAUCUUUCUACGGAGACGAGAAAUACACUCGCUUGCUUGAGCUGAAAAAGAAAUGGGACCCUGAAGAUGUGUUUUAUGCUGCAACUGCAGUGGGCAGCGAAUUUUGGACAAUUGAGACUGCCGAUGGAUUGCCUCAUGAGAAUGGAAGACUGUGUCGUGUCGAGGAGUAG